GAGUUCCAAAUGUCAAGUACGUCAUACUUUAGUCAUUUCUUUGAAGACCGUGUAUGAAUUAUGGGUGGAAAAUGAUCGUGAUUGUUUACGAAGAAAAAAAUUUUUUAAAAAGCAAUGAAAUGACUUUAUGCAGGCAAUUAUCGCUAUGGGUGGCUGCAUAGGAAUAACUCGUAGUAGAAGUGGUGCUAUCGACGAUUCAUCAGGGUCAAUAAGCCGACCUAACUCAGGUAGUCAACGAAAAAAUCAUCCGUUGUGCCAUGAAACGAUCCGUUGGAAAUCUGAUGUACCCCUAACAGAAGGUCAACUUCGUAGUAAACGUGAUGAAUUCUGGGAUACAGCUCCUGCAUUUGAGGGCCGAAGAGAAAUAUGGGAUGCUCUGAGAGCAGCAGCAGUGGCAGCUGAAGCUAUGGAUUAUGAAUUAGCUCAAGCUAUUGUAGACGGAGCUAGUGUAUCUGUACCCAAUGGGUACCUAACUGAAUGUUAUGAUGAGUUAGGUGCACGAUAUCAAGUCCCUAUAUACUGCCUAUCUUAUCCGAUUAAUAUAGUAAAAGAAGAUAAUGGUAGGGAUUCACCUGCCGAGUGUUCUGAACCUGUCGAUGGGGGUACUGAGACUGUUUUGAAAUUGAGACUGUCACAUUCUUGUAUAGAUGUCAAGUUAUCUGUGUAUUCUACUGAUACCAUUAGUAUGUGCAAGAAAAAGCUUCAAAGUCAGGAAGGUAUUGAAUCAUCUAGACAAAGGUGGUUUUAUGGUGGAAAAUUAUUAGGAGAUAAACUUCAUGUUGAAGAAGCCAAGAUACCACCCGGGUAUGUUGUACAAGUCAUAGUUAAUAUGGAGACUUCAUAAUAGAAGAUUAGUAUAACUUUGGUAAUCUGUUUCAACAUAACUACGCAGACGCCAUUGAGAUUUUUAAUUAGGCCAGAAACUCUAGCUAGGAAGUUUAAAUAAUAACGUCAUAUCAAUAAUUUUUUACUUCGAAAAAGGUGAUUUUUAUAUAAAAAUGACAUUUCAAUUUAGGUUGCAUUUUCUCACAAUUCCGGCCUUUAAAAUGUUUUUUUUUCUGUUCAAAUAUAUUAAAUUUAGUCGACGUUGCCAAAUUUCGAGAUUAGAAACAGAUUUACCUAAAUUGGAAUAACGUCAAUUCCACAUUGUUUUUGUACAAAUAACCAUCGACUUUUAUCAUGUUUUUUUUUUUUAAAUCAGGGUAGCGCUUAGUGAGUAUUUCGAUUAUUUAUUUCGCUUUUUCUUUUGUAAUUAAAUGAUUGAAAGUUUACAAAAUUCAACCACUACUUACUUAGAAUAAAUAUUAAAUAUUUUUUUAAUAUCAAAA